AAAUGGGUUUAUCAGCUUGUACUGAGAUAGUGUUCUCUGCAGGUAAUGAUGCCUUGUAUUCUGCUUAGCGGGAAAAAUAGUGGAGGCUAGAGAUGAGAGUAGGGAAUUGAGACAGAAUAACCCUACAGUUAAAACUUGCACAUUAAUAUUGACUUUAUCAAAUCCAGCAUGUGUUUUUUCCUGCUGUGAAUCUGGACAAUCUCUUUGCUCUCAUGCCUGACAAAUGGAGUCCCUUACUAAUGAUGAGGUAGAGCUUUACAAAAACCAUUGUCAUUAAAAGUGUCUUCAGUUCUCCUGGCUGGGUCACAAUCCUCUCAGUGAAAGUGCCUUUUAAAUGGAAGAUUGCUUUCCUUUGCAGCUAAAUAGCGUGCCAGCAGCCUACAGAACAAAAAGCACCAAAAUGUUCCUGCCUGUAGGUCCAAAACCGGGCCUAAUGAAUAUGCUAUGCAGUGAUGUCUCACCACAGUCAUUCUAAUGGUGGAAAAUUCAUGUACUAAAUAAAUAAUGUGUUACUUUUUUUUUUAAAAUAAUUGAGUGAAAUAAUAAGUACAUUAGGCUUAUUUCAGAGGAAAGCAUUGCCAAUACCAUACUGACUGUAAUAAUGUAACAGAGCUAUAAUCCCCAUGUGAUUUUUUUUUAAUCUUAAAAUAAGCUGAGUUUUUUUGGAUCAAUUACGUAAGUAAUUUAAACUAAAUUGCAAAGAAGUAGUAGGGAUGAAAGUAAAGCGGAGAGUCACUCUCAUACUUACUAAAGUAAGAGUUAUAGCAUUAGUUUCAACUCACACUCCAUUGCUUUUCUUUUUCCACUCAUAGGAAAGUUAUAUUGGUAUAAGCUGAAGAACUCCCCAGUUUGUACUGUUCCAGCAUCCUGACUCUUCAGUCCAGAAGCUGCGCAGCCCAUAGGAACAAGUCAUCAAGGAUAUAUAACCCACUUUUAAAUAAAUCAUGCUAUACUCUUAUGCCCAUGCACACUGACACACUAAGCACGGUAUAGAUAUUGUCACAAGACUAAAGUGCAAUAAGAACAACUAAAGAGUCACAUACCCUGUCGUUUGGCCUAAGAAGCUUGAGGGGAAGUGGGAAAAGGAAACAGGACUGUUAUUAAGCCUGAAACAUUCAAAUAGACAGUUGUGUACAAAAAUACAUUGUUUUUGUUAUAUACAUGCAGCUGAACUUUGAGCACUGGCUCUCAAUUUGCAUUUAGCUUUGAAGUUUUCUGUUUCUAUAUUAGAUAUACCCAAGUUUUCAUAACUCGAUGUAACGAGACAAUUUCUGUAGAGAGGUAACAUUUGUUGCAGCUAAGAGAAUGAAGCAACCUCCUUGAGGUAGAAUGAGCCUCAGAUGAAAAUACAUUUUUUAAAACACUGGUCAAUUAUUAGCUAAGCUGCUAGAGCAUUAGCACUCUUUCUAAAGUAACCUUUGGUUGAUGGACCUGUCCCCUUUGACAAUCCAGCCUGAAGACACCUCCUCUACCAACCAAUCCUGAGCUCUGGGGACUGUGUUGCCUGUGGUUUGCCCAGAGAAUGAGCGCUGUGCGAACUCAAACAUCUUCCUGAAAAGCUUCCUAGUAGGUGGUGGAGCUGGAGGAUCAUGGAGCUUCUUGUAAAUGUCAGACAAUGGAUAGAAGAAAACAAGGCAGCCUUUUUACCACCUGUGUGCAACAAGCUUAUGCAUCGACAUCAAUUGAAUGUGAUGUUUGUUGGAGGGCCAAAUCAAAGAAAGGAUUAUCAUAUUGAAGAAGGAGAGGAGCUUUUUUACCAACUGAAAGGAGACAUGUGUUUGAAGAUAAUUGAAAAUAGGAAGCAUAAAGACAUUGUCAUCCGAGAAGGGGAGAUGUUUCUCCUACCUGCCAGGAUACCUCAUUCUCCUCAAAGAUAUGCAGACACUGUAGGACUUGUAAUUGAGAGGCAAAGACAAAAGACAGAAAUGGAUGGACUCAGAUACUAUGUGGGAACAUCAACUAAUGUCCUCUUUGAAAAAUGGUUUCACUGCGAAGAUCUUGGCACUCAACUUGCACCAAUAAUUCAAGAGUUUUUCAAUUCCAGGCAAUAUAAAACCGGAAAACCAAAUCCAGAUGAGCUCCUGAAAGAAACACCCUUCCCUCUAAACUGCUCUUCUGUAAUGGAGCCGUUCUCCUUCCAAGGCUGGUUGAACGAUCAUCGGGUCGAAAUAAAUCAGAAGCAAUCCUUGAGCGUGUUUGGAGAUACCUUUGAAACAGAGGUUAUAGCUUAUGGACCAGGAACAACUGAAAAAAGCAAAAAGAAUUCAGAUAUCUGGAUCUGGCAGCUGGAGGGUGCAUCUACUGUUACCAUGGAUGGCAAAACCCUGACUCUAGCUGCUGGUGAUAGCCUACUUGUCCAUGCCCAGUGUUCGUACUGCUGGAAGAGAACUGAUGAAUGUGUUGCUGUUUCCAUUGCUCAAGAUCCAAAACGCAAGCAGCCUUAUAACUUAUAAGUUCUUACAGUUUCUGUAGCACUUGACUGAUGAUAAAGAAGUUUUAACCUCCUUAACCAUCUUUUAAGCAGAAUGCCUGGAAAUAUGAACAAUCUAACAAAAUGGUUACACUGGAAUUAAGUGUAAUCUAGUACUGUACCUUAUAAUAACUUCUUUUUCCCCAGGUAGGUUCAGCAAAAUCUGCAAUCAGUAAUUAUGUUAAAAACAAACAAAGCCAUACUUCUUACAUGAAAGCAAAUGAAAACAGAUCCAAGCAACAGGAUGCAAUACAUAGUAAUUUAAAUGACAUAUCUAGAAUAAAUUUAAACUUUUUUCCA